CUAGUCUGCACAGUGAGUUCCAGGACAGCCAGGGCUCCCGUACCUUUGAGGGAGUCACUUCCCUGUGUUGGUGUUACAAUGUAGCCACUUAGCAAACAAGAGAUGGAGCUACAGAAAUUCAUCCUUCACUACAGAGACAAUGUAACACAGAGGCACUCUUCUUGAUGGAUCUACAUCCCCCACCACCUCCUGGCACAGCAUCCUCAGCCAAGCCAUGCAAUCUCUUCAUGUCUUCACCUGCCCAGUGGACCACAGCAUCCUCUCGGUACCACUGAAGAACCCCUAGUGUAACUGCAACCCAGGGAGGGCUUCUGAACCUGAACAAGAUGGUCAACCACAUGACGGGGAAGAAAGCCGCCUUCAACUACUGGCCCUAUGGCUGUCACUGUGGACUUGGUGGCAAAGGACAACCCAAAGAUGCCACAGACUGGUGCUGUCAAAAACAUGAUUGUUGCUAUGCCCACCUGAAGACUGAUGGAUGCAGGAGCCUGACAGACAAUUACAAAUACAGCAUUUCUCAGGGCGUUAUCCAGUGCUCUGACAGAGGGAGCUGGUGUGAAAGGCAACUGUGUGCUUGUGACAAGGAGGUGGCCUUGUGCCUGAAGCAAAACCUGGACAGCUUCAACAAGCGCCUGCGUUACUACUGGCGGCCCCACUGCAAAGGAAAGACUCCCACAUGCUAGGGGAGUCCACUCUGUCCGCCCUCCUCCCCCCGGAUUCCACCCUGUUCCGCUGCAUCUCAAACAUUAAAGUCCUGCAAGUUGCUGCCUCCCACCCUGGUGUCUAGUCUCCUGGACCAGUUGGGUUUUAAAGUCCUCUUUGCAAAAGGGCCUUGAGGACCUCCUCUUGGUGCCUCUCUGCUGUAAAGAACCUUUUUUGAUCUUUCUAUCCCUUCAAACUCUGGUCUUUCUGGGCCUAGGAAAAACCUCACAUAUGUGUUCAGAGCCCAGCCCUCUGGCCCCGUGUUCUUCUCCCCAACUAAACUGUGAGGUCUUCCAGGUUGAGCCCUGCCCCAUCUCAGAUGCAGUGGUACCCUGAUGUCUAGUCUCCGAGAACCAAGCCCAUCAUGGGCUCCAACAACAACAGGACUUAAGGGUGUGGGAAGCUGCAGUCUUGUUGCUAUGGAUGCCGAAGCUUGACCUGCUGUUUCUUGUCUAUUGUGCUUUCUCUAGGAUCUCUUGCUGCAGUGAGAUAAAGUUCAGGCUCAGGGCCCUCCUUUGGAAACCUCUCCUGGCUAGCCCUUCUCCCCAGCACUAAGCACAUCAUUGUGCUGGACUGUCUGGGUGGUAUAACACCCCACAUUUCUCCUGAGACCAGGGUAAUGAGAUGUUCCCGUACUUUGUCUCAUCCCAGGCCUGGUUUCUUUCUUUGGAAACUUUCUCCAAAGAGCCCUCUCCAUAAACAACUUUCACAAGAGCCCCUGACUAAGGCUCCACCUCUGGGGAAACACAUUGUAGCAACAUUUAUAAAUUCUAUGACCUCUCUCCCUCCCAGAACUUACAUACCUCAGAACUUUCCUUAGAUGCUACAGCUAAGGAAAGUGUUCAUUAGUGGCAGACUCAGGAGCCAGAAUCCUUGGAAGAUUCCCAUAUGAACAAGGACGGUGGGGCUAGGGUUUGGGGGAUGGCUUUGCUGGGUAUCCUUUUUGGCUCAAACUGACCCAGCCUACCUUCAUCCCUGCAGCUAUCAGCAUUGAAGGGACUCUGGCCAGCCUAGACCUGGCAAACAUAGCUCUGGCAGGCCUUCCCCCUCUUCCCCAUUCCCUCUGCAGUGCUAAAAAACCAUUAGAUCAUAUUCCUAAAGCUAGCCCCUAAAGUCGCUUCCCUUAUUUGGCCAAUUCCUCCUCCUGAGGUUGACCACCAAGGUCUAGCUAUCAAAGUAUUGAAGUCCAGCAAUCAAAAGCCCCCUUUUGAUGCCCAAUCAAAACAUCCCAUGGCACCUCGCCCAUUCUAACACAGACUUCCGCUUUCCUGUUUCUUAUAAAUUACACCUGCAAGGUCGUUUGCUGAUGUUUUUCUGUCUGACUCAGAAAACAGCCACUUUAACUUUUCUUCCCCGCUUAAUAAAAGCUCUCUCUGUGAAAACA